AUGGAAACAUGUACGAUCCAAACAGAUGGGUCAACCAUGAAGAAAGUGGGAGGAGCAGGAGUAGUUCUUAUAUCUCCAGAAGGAGAAACGUUGAAAUAUGCAGUCAAAUUGCAAUUCCCAACAACAAAUAACGAGGUAGAAUACAAAGCACUGCUAACAGUGCUAAGUCUAGCAAAAGCUCUAGGAGCAAAGAGACUUAUCGUCCAAGUUGAUUCUCAGCUAAGAAUUGGACAUGUGAAGGGAGAUUACGAAGCCAAAGAAGAAAGAAUGCAUAAGUACUUGAAGAUCAUCCAACAACUAUCACAACAUUUUGACAGCCUAGACUUUGUGCAAAUCCCUCAGGCCAAAAAUGCAAAAGCUAACUUCCUAGCAAGAUUGGCCUCGUCAAAUGACUACAAUGCAACCUUCGAACUAUGUAUAGAGAUAAGGGGGCAACCAAGCACAGAAGGUGAGCAAGCUCUGAAGAGAAAAGAACAAGACGAGUGGAUGACUCUCAUCAUCCUUUACUUAAAAGAAGGAUGGCUCCCUAAAGAUAAGGCAAAAGUAAGGAAGAUACAGAUCAGGACAGCCCGCUUCGUCAUCAUUGAUGACGUGCUGUACAGACGAGGAUAUUCACUCCCCUAUCUAAGAUGUGCCAGCUCAAAAGAAGCAGAUUAUGUGCCCCUCGAGAUAUAUGAGGGAAUCUGUGGAAAUCACACUGAAGUAAGAUCUUUAGCAGGAAAGGCACUCAGAGCAGGAUAUUACUGGCCAACUUUACAGAAGGACGCAUGCGACAUCUUCAGAGCAUGUGAUAAGUGUCAACGCUUCGCAAAUGUCCAGACGAGACCAGGAGAGACAAUCACACCCAUAUCUUCACCAUGGCCCUUCGCCCAAUGGGGAAUUGACAUUAUAGGCCCAUUCCUUUUAAGGAAGAAGCAACUCAGAUUUAUAAUCGUCGCAAUUGAUUACUUCACAAAAUGGGUAAAAGCAAAACUAGUGACAACGAUAACAAAGGCUAAAGUCAUAAGCUUUGUAUGGAAAAACAUCAUUUGCAGGUUUGGAGUCACACAUGUCAUAAUAUUAGACAAUGGAAAGCAGUUUGACAAUCCCAAGUUUCAAAAAUUUUGUCAAGACUUAGGAGUCAAGAACCACUAUUCUUCUCCAAGACACCCUCAAGCCAAUGGCCAGAUAGAAGUAAUGAAUAGAAGCUUGCUUAAAAUUAUCAAAACUUGGCUUCAAGGGGCAAAAAGGGUAUGGCCUGAGGAACUACAAAAUGUCCUUUGGGCAUAUAGGACAACCAUAAGAGUUCCAACAGGAGAAACACCAUUUAGACUAACAUUUGGCACUGAGGCCAUCAUACCAGUGGAAAUAGGACUGACGAGCUUCCAAGUCAAAACUUAUGAAGAUCAGAAGAACCAGCAAGAGCUCAACGACAACCUGGACCUAAUUGAUGAAGUAAGAGAAGAAGCUAUGAAGCAAAUGGCCUAA